AUCCUUUAAAUUGGCGGUCGCGAAGUUUCAAACCAAACGGCUCCUCUAUUGUUGGUUCAAGCACUACUUCCUGACAAGUUGUCUUAUGGGCUAAUUGUUCGCUUCAAUCCUCCUUUUUACGGCCGAUCAGUUUGUAGUGAUCUUGCUACCACUCUCUGGCCUUUUUAUGUACUCAGAAUCGCAUGUUGUGCAGGGAUAAUUAAUGAUGAUUUCUACAGACCAAGAACUCAAAGUCUCUCGCAUGACAAAACGAUCGCAGAAUAAAAAACUCUUCGGUCGCGAUAAUUACAAGUUGCGUGAGUUCGUAUUGCAACCAUAUUGUAUUCGGUACUUCGAAGUUAGCGGUGGAAAUCGUGGUAAAGAGAAAGGUCAGCUUCUUCUCAGUCAUGUUAAGUUCAUCGAGAAAGUACAAGAUGAUGAGCUUGAUAACAAAAAGAAUGCUUUCCAGGUUGCUUAUGCAGAAGAUGCGAUUUCUAGCACUUGGUAUCUCUUGUAUAUUGUCGCGAAUUCCGCCAUUGAACGAGAUGACUGGAUUAGUCUAGUCAGAUUUUAUACACGUGAACGAGGAGCUAGUUUUCUGCCACGUUAUCAUCCCGGUGUUUGGAAACGUCCUGGUAGAUAUAGCUGUUGUGAUGACAUCAAUCGUCGAUCUAUGGGGUGUCAGCCCACUAAUGAACCAGGUCCAUCUGUGGUCAUUGAGCAACUUUGGCGUACAGCUGCGGGAGUCGACUCAAAUAACUGUCAACCUCAAAUUCCGCAGGUUGCAACGACAGCUAAUCUAGUGACAAAUACGCAACCUUCUUAUCCUGUUUCUACUCCUCAAUUAGUUACAACGCAGCUUAAUUCAAACGUGCAACUUACGUCUAAUCCACUAUCCGUAUCUGAUUUAAAUUCGGCUAACAUAGCUUCCACUGCAGCUUCAUUUAUUCCACUUACUUCCGCUGUCGGGUUGCCUGUAUUUCACCAAACACCUGGUCUUUCAACUCCUGUCGCAGGAGUGUUAAUGUCUACCGCCGUCACUAGUUCGAUUUCUCCUUCAACUUUAUUUCAAAUACAACAACAACAACAACUUCUACUACAACAGAAACAACAACAGCUUGCUAUGCUUGCAAAUAGCAGCGCGGGGCAAUUUUCCCAUUUAAAUAAUGCAUUUCGUCGGUCAGGAAUGAAUCAAAAUCGAGGACAUUCCUUACGUUAUAUUCAGCCAACUUUUGAUAUGGAUGAAGGAGAAAAUACCGUUAUUGCAGUACACAACUACAAUCCUGUAAGGGAAAACCAACUGCCUUUACAAAAAGGUGAAAAGUAUUACGUAGUCAAUCAGAGUAAUUCUCAAUGGUGGUAUGUUAGGAAUAUGGCUGGUCAAUUGGGUUAUGUACCUACCAAUUAUGUUCAUAAACCAAACAGUCUGAAUUCAUUCGAUUGGUAUUACAAAGAUAUUACCAGGCAACAAGCUGAAGCUAUUUUACUAGACGAGAAUCGCGAAGGUUGCUUUCUUGUUCGAGACUCAGUUAGCAAAAAGAAUACAUACACUUUAUCAGUUACUUCGAAAGACCCUGAAGCGCCAGGAAAAUUAAAAGUACAUCAUUAUCAUAUCCAUAGAACAGAAUCAUCAAGUCUGAAUGGACACAUGAAUGGAUGUGGUGUCGGUAGUGGUAGUGGCAGCAAUAGUGGUUUAAAUUCUACUGCAUCUGUGGCUGCCAGCGUUACAGUUACAACAACAACAUCUAAUACCAUUGCAAACGUGAAUGGUUCAAAUGGUACAGGGUCAAAUACCCCCAAUGUUGGAUCAACCACUAAUGGUGAAGCACAAUAUUACUUAUCUGAAAAGCAUGCGUUCCCUACAAUCAGUGAUGUUAUACAUUAUCAUAAGCAUAAUUCUGGUGGACUAGUUGUCCGACUCAGAUCGCCACCGACCAAAGAUCGAGAAAGUCCUGUCACUGCUGGAAUGGGUCUAGAUGAGUUUGAACUUGAUCCAGCUGACCUUCAUUUAGAAAGAGAGCCAAUCGGAAAAGGACAAUUUGGAGUUGUGAAACGUGGCAAGUUCCGUAACAUUCCGGUAGCUGUUAAACAAAUGGUUGAAGGGGCUAUGAAUGAAGAUGAUUUUAUUGAAGAGGCUAAAAAUAUGAGAUUUCUUAAUCAUCCAAAUCUUGUACAGUUAUUUGGUGUUGUAUUGAAAAAGCGUCCAAUUAUGAUAAUCACUGAAUAUAUGAAACAUGGUUCAUUACGUGAUUUUAUGCGACAACGUCAGCCACAGUUUUGUAAUCGACCAGUUGUUAUGUCUGAUAUUUGUGCUCAAGUAGCAAAUGGAAUGGCUUACUUGGAACAAGAACAGUUUGUACAUCGGGAUUUAGCAGCACGAAAUUGUUUAGUAAAAUCAAUUAGUCAAAAUUCAGUUCACGUCAAGGUAGCUGAUUUCGGUAUGGCACGUUUUCUACUAGAUAAUGUAUAUGAACCAAGUGCUGGAACGAAAUUCCCUGUUCGUUGGGCACCUCCUGAAGUAUUUCAGUCUACUUAUACAGCUAAAGCAGAUGUAUGGAGUUUCGGUAAGUCAGUAGCAUCAUUGAAUAUUUAUUCACUUGAUAAUAUAAAACCUUUUAUUUUUCUAUUCAAAAGUUUAUUUAAUUUUUUUGUUCUCACGUUCACUUAACAAAAAUGUAAACAGAAUUUCAAUAAAUCCAAAAAUUUUUUCAUGGAAAGAAACCACUUAAACUUUUAUCAUUAUUAUUACGAAUAGGCGAACAUCAUCCAUACCCCAAUAUUUAGUUUAACAACAGUAUAAAGAGUCGGUUUCAUUUGGUCUACUUUAAGCAGUCGGUUUUUUUAAAUUGUAAAAUAAGUUUUUUAUUCAAGAUUUCUGUAAGGUCAACUUUUAUCCAAAAACUAUCAUCUUUUUAAUUGAUUAUUGGUUUUCCGUUUGUUUUAUAUAUCCAUGUUUUCUUUUACUCUGAUAUUGCUUCUCUUUUCUCUCUGCUUAAUCUGCCUAAUCGAAGGUCGUAAGGCUAAGCUGGAUAUAAUUUGAUAAGAAAAUUCGAAAUUAUACUCAAAAUUAUAACAUUUGGAAAAUAUCAUACGUAUAAAGUAUUAUCGACCAGAAGGCUUAAUAUCCCAUCAACUAUCAGGUACUCAUGUGACAGAACAAAGCGUUAUUGAUUACCUUGCGAAUCUUCCAAUAUUUAACCAGUCAUUUGUAAUCUGAUUAACAACUUUACAUUUUAUGUUUGGGUUAUAAAUUUAGGUCUUUAGUAGUAUACUCAGCUGUCUUAAUUUCUAAUAACUUUUCAGACAGGACUUGAAUUAUACCUUCAUUCAUUUUAGUAUUUUUUUUGUUAACGUCCAAUCAUCUCAGUCAUAUGAGGUUAUGCAUGUAUUUUAUUCAUGAUUACCUCAAAAGAUUUUUAUCAAAUGUUGAUGGUAUUUAGAAAUCUGAGCAAUUUUCUUCCUUAUGAACUUCAUGAUUCUACAUCAUAUUUUCUGUAGGACAUUUUUAAACUAGCGUGCUUUGAUUAAAUUUUCACAAAAAUUAAAUAUAAUUGUUUUAUUAAAACAAAGUGCUCUUCAUAUUUUUUUAUCAUCAUCAUAUAAACAUUAUUAUUAGUAUUAUUAUUGUCCUUUUCAAAUGAUUUUCUAUCUUUAUCGUUAUUUAUUGAAAUGACUUAACAAUGUUGUGAUUUGUUAUCGUACAUUAUCUUGUUUAUUGUUAUUCAAUAAUUUGUGGAUUUCACUUGCAUCCUUCACUGUUAUUUCUCAGUUUUAGUAAAAAUAUGUUUCAAAGAAACACCAUUAAUCCAUUUUAUCAGUAGUACUUUUUUCAGGUAUACACCUCAUCAUACCUCUUAUUCGGUUUACUGAUUGAAGUUUACUUUAUAACUCUAAUUAGCAUUUACAGACUUUAGAUGUCGUGAUUAAAAGUUGGUUAUAUUAGCACUGUUAGAUUUGUUCAUUUUCUAGUCUUAAAUACUAGAUUUUAAUAUUUCAUGUUUUUUAUUUCUCAGUUUCGUGAAUGUGUAUAGCAAUAGUUACGUGACUGGUACAUGAAAUCGGUGCCAGAAUAUGAAAUAUAUUUACUAGAAGAAUUACAUGUAUAAAACGCCUAACCCUGAGGUAGCAUUUGGUUUUUUCCUAUAUAUGUUUACAUUCAAGAACUGAUUACUUUAAUUUUGCUAGUUGCCUGUAUCAAAAUGAUGAAUUGUACAUUGAAUUUUACAGAAAACAUUUUCCAGAAAUUCUUCAAUAUUUCCGAACUUCGAAUUUUGUCUUCCCUUAAAAAUUUUCCAACUCAUGACACUGAAUAACUGUACAUACUAGUUAAUGCAUCUAACAUUAUUUAUUGAUCAGUCAUAUUUUCAUCACCUGCUUUUUUAUCUGAAAUUUCUAUGACAAAGUCAAUAUUACUUCCUCGAUUUUAUUCGGUGUGUUAAUAUUUUUCUCUAAUAAAACCCUAUUUAAUUCACCAAUCAUCAUGUACACAAACAUACAUACAUGAACAGACAAAUUGUAAUAUAUAUAUAUAUAUAAUUGGUGAAAGAUAUUCCCUAUGCUUGCUUUAUUACUGUUACCAUUAUUAUUUUGAACGGAAUUAGAAUCACUUUUGCUUCUUUUCCUUCUGUUAUUCUACCCUUAUCUCCACAUGUGUGCUUUUUGUUUAACCUGAACCGAAC